AUGCUACCUGAAGCUCCUGCGGCUCCUAAACUGAAUACAGUCAAGCUGGAGAUUUAUAUGGAGUCUCAAUGUCCUGACACUUCACGAUUUCUUCACAAACAAUUGAUGAAGGCUUGGUCGUUGUUGUCCCAAACCGGCCGCAUAGAGCUUGUCUUGGUUCCAUUUGGAAAAGCACGGUGUGUUGCGAAAGGAGACAACGACUUUGAGUGUUCCUGCCAACAUCAAGCAAACGAAUGUAUUCUGAACCAGUUGAUGAACUGCGUUAUUGAUCGGGUGGGAUUUCCGGAUAAGAUAGUGCCGAUCAUCGAUUGCAUCCAGGGGAAGUUCAAUCUCGAAAACGCGAUGCAGUCAUGUAUAUCAAAUAAUCCAUUGCUGGAUGAGGCAGAAAUGCAAGCAUGUGCCGCUGGUCCACGAGGUCGACGCCUUUUGGCGAUAGCCGGUGCACGAACGGCUGCUCUCCAUCCUCGACUCGACUUCGUUCCCUGGAUCAUGAUUGACGGCGAGCGGAAUACUGACGCCCUCUACGAUCUUACUGAGAAUCUCUGCAAAAAACUUGAACCGGCACCUGAGGCCUGUUCGGACUAUAUGCAGAGUCUGAAACGCAACUAG